CUCUUUUACAAUUCCAACCUGCUUUUUCAUAUCCUUUCCCUAAAAGCUCAUUUUGCAAGAUAUGGAAUACAGUGAACCAAUUCCAACUCCUACUGUUUCUUCUUCUCCAUCCCUUUCACCCAAUUCUUCGAUCUCUUCGAACUCACCACCUUCUCCACCGUUGUCGCCGCCGCUGGUGGUUAUUAGCCCAUGUGCCGCUUGCAAAAUUUUGAGGAGAAGGUGUGCUGAUAAAUGUGUGUUGGCACCUUAUUUUCCUCCUACUGAACCAGCCAAGUUCGCCAUUGCUCAUCGUGUCUUUGGUGCUAGCAACAUCAUCAAGUUCUUGCAGGAGCUUCCCGAGUGUCAAAGGUCGGAUGCCGUGAGCAGCAUGGUUUACGAGGCUGGGGCAAGGAUCAGGGACCCUGUUUACGGCUGUGCGGGGGCGGUUUUCCAGUUGCAAAAGCAAGUGAACGAGCUUCAAGCACAGUUGGCCAAAGCUCAAGCCCAAGUCGUCAACAUGCAAUUGCAACAAGCAAACGUCCUGGCUUUGCUUUGCAUGGACAUGGACAAGGCACCGUCGUCUCCUCCACCAAACUCUCCGCAAUCAGCCGUUGGUGACACUUUCAUAACCAACAGCAGCUACCUAAGCUUCAUGGAAGACAUCAACAACGAUGCCAACUCAGGGUCCCUUUGGGAGCCUCUUUGGACAUGAUUAAUCCUUCAAAUUAUAUAAAAUGGUUAAUAUAUCAUUUGGUACCUAAGGUUUUUUUGUGUCCCAAUUUAGUAUCCAGGGCACAAUGAGUGUUUGACAUUCGUGCUCUACUACAAAAAUAUAGGUAUUUAAUUGGGACAAAAAAAAAACUUAAAUUCAAUUACUGAAUUGAACAUUAAAAUUAAACUCAAGUACCAAACAAUAUAUUAACCCUUAUAUGAUCGUAGUCCCUCUUUAGAAAUUCUCCUAACUCAAAGCUAAUGGCUCUAAAGAAGGAGAAGUUGAAGGACAUUGGGUUAAUGAACUUAGCUUAUUUUUAUGGGUUUAUAAUGUAAACUAAGAUAUGUAUGUAUAUGAGGGGGAAGUAUAAGUUUAGGAUCUAAUUUACUUUGUUAAAGCUAAGGCAAAGUAGAUAGGGCUUUUUUUUUUCCUCCAUGUUAUUUUCCAUGUUUUUGAAGAAAUAGAAAUAUGAUCUAUAUUAUACUA